ACACCAAAAGCACUCUUUAAUUUGGACCAGUUAAGAGACUCUUUUUUCCUUAUAUAUUCCAAUAUUACAAGAAGUCAUCACAGGACACAGCUUCUUCCCUCUCCUUCUCUAUGCUUCUCUUCAAAUCUAGCUAAGCUUCUUAGUUCUAAAGAGCACACUUCAAGUUCUUAAAUGCAGUGAAUAUUACUACUUCAUUGGCAGAAUUAUAAGGUGACUACACAUUAAAAUGAGAGCCUUUGCAGUUUGACUUUUCUUUCUUGCAGGGUUGAGGCGUGAUUCGCUUUUCUCUCUCCAUUUUAUUCUACACAGAAAAUGAGAGAAAAUAUUUCAGAAUCAUGGCUAUUAGUUAUGAGCACUGUGAUACUGGCCACUGCAAUAUUUGCAAAGCUAUUUCAAUUCAAGUUAAGGACGGAAGAUAAAAGCAAAUGCAGAUUACCACCAGGAAGGAGAGGCUGGCCUUUGAUUGGUGACAGCAUCAAUUGGUACAAUGCUGUUGCAAGUUCUCAUCCUCCUCAGUUUGUUGAAGAAAUGGUGAAAAGGUAUGGUAAGAUAUUUUCAUGCAGCCUAUUUGGAAAAUGGGCAGUGGUGUCAGCAGAUCCAAGCUUCAACCGGUUUGUAAUGCAAAAUGAAGGAAAGUUAUUCAAGUCAAGUUACCCAAAAUCUUUCAGAGAUUUGGUUGGUAAAAAUGGUGUGAUCACAGUGCAAGGAGAUCAACAAAGGAAACUACACGGAAUUGCCUCCAACAUGAUGCGCCUAGAGAAGCUUAAGUUCCAUUUCUUGAAUGAUGUACAAAAGGUCAUGCUCCAAACUUUGAGUAAUUUUAACAACAACCAAGUCAUUCUUCUUCAGGAUGUUUGUAGAAAGGUGGCUAUACACUUGAUGGUUAAUCAACUAUUGGGGGUUUCAAGUGAGUCUCAAGUUAAUGAAAUGUCUCAGUUGUUUUCUGACUUUGUUGAUGGUUGUUUAUCCAUUCCCAUCAACAUCCCUGGCUAUGCAUACCACACUGCUAUGAAGGGAAGGGAGAAAAUCAUUGGCAAGAUAAACAAGACCAUAGAGGUACACAGACAAAAUGGUGCUUCCAUUGAAGGUAAUGGUGUACUUGGAAGAUUAUUAGAGGAAGAAAGCUUGCCUGAUGAUGCUGUUGCAGACUUCAUUAUCAAUCUUCUCUUUGCGGGAAACGAAACAACCACCAAAACAAUGCUCUUUGCAGUCUAUUUCCUUACUCAAUGUCCUAGAGCCAUGAAACAACUGCUGGAUGAACAUGAUUCUCUGAGGAGUAGUAAUUCUGGAGAUGAAUUUCUUACAUGGCAGGAUUAUAAAGCAAUGACAUUCACUCAAUGUGUUAUUGAUGAAACACUAAGACUUGGGGGCAUUGCAAUUUGGUUAAUGAGAGAAGCAAAAGAAGACGUUCAAUACCAAGAUUUUGUUAUUCCCAAAGGGUGCUUUGUGGUUCCAUUUCUUUCAGCAGUCCAUUUAGAUGAGAAUGUAUACGGUGGAGCUCUAAAUUUCAAUCCUUGGAGAUGGAUGGAACCUGAAAAUGAGGAAAAAAGAAAUUGGAGAACUAGUUCAUUCUAUGCACCCUUUGGAGGAGGUGCUAGAUUCUGUCCAGGAGCAGAGUUGGCUCGCCUCCAAAUUGCUUUUUUUCUUCAUUACUUUGUAACUACUUACAGAUGGACACAAAUCAAAGAAGAUAGGAUGUCCUUCUUUCCCUCUGCUCGAUUGGUGAAUGGUUUUGAAAUUCGUCUAAUGAGAAGACAUGAUAAUGAAACAGAUUAAAAGAUGGCACCAUGUUCACCUCAAAAUCCACCUAGUUCUCCACUAUUUUCAGUAAUUGUUUUCUCUGGCUACUGUUUUUGCUGAGUACUCUCUCAGUUCUCCCAGCAACAUGUGUUUCAGAGUUUAAUUUCUGUUGUCAUGUAUAAAUUUAUGUAUAUUUCAUGUUUAUAUUGUAACAUGUACAUUACUUAUAAAAGGGUGUAUAGCAUACAACAAUUCAUUUUUUCCAUAGUCCAUUGUGCAGACAAAUUUGCUUUUA